AUGUGGGCGCCAUUAUUCGUGGAGCUUCGCAACGUGAUUGACUGGCUCUCCACCGACACGUCCUUCACCCUCAUGGAGUGGUUCAAACUGGAGGACUGCUACCACAGCGUGUACGACCUCAAGUGCAAGCGCGCCUUCGAGCGCGCGUGCGGGCGCGCGCGCGGGCGGGGCCGCGGCAAGGCGUGCGGGCCGCUGGCGGCCGGCGUGGCCAUCCUGCUGCUGCUCAUCCUGCUGCUGUGGUUCCCGCUCGUGCUGUUCCGCCUGCGCCAGCAGCUGGGCCAGCCCGCGCGCCCGCGCGCCGUCGCGCUGCGCCUGGCCGUCGGCCUCUUCCCGCCGCUCUACGAGGGCCGCUCCUACUCCGCGCGACAAUUUACCGAUGCCGAAUGGAAAACUCUCAACUCCCUCUACUCCCUCAACCGCCGGGCUUUGGAGUCUCUGCAGUACUUCCACGCAGCGGACUUGGUUGUUGCGCGGCUCCCGCUGGGUUCAAAGAUGUGGGACAUCACCGAAGAAACCAGACGCGAGACAGUGACACUUCGAAUGGUUUGGGAGGUGGAGUAUGAUUUGCUUCAAACCAUUCGCGGUUACACGACGAGGAGCUUCGCCCGGGGCGACGCGGUGCGCCGGGGGCUGGCGGCGGCCGUCAACGCGUCGCCCGCGUCGCCCGCCCCGCCCGUGGGCGUGGACGACAUCCUCCCCAAGUUCCUGGACUCAGCGCGCCUGCUCCGCUCCGAGGGCGACUUCGGGGACGUGGCCGCCACCGACGCCUUCCUCACGGAGAGAGGUCGGCGCGCCAACGGACACGCACCGAGUGGUCGAGAGAAUGGUUAA